AUGGGAGUAGAGGAAAGUCCCGCCGUCACAGCAGCACCACAAGGAGUAUGCUGCGGUUGCGGAGUAUCUCCGCAAGGACCACCCGGACCACCAGGUCCUGAUGGCGAAAACGGAGCAGAUGGUGCACCUGGCGCUCCUGGUAAAGACGGCCCUGAUGGACCACUCCCUACUCCACCACCACAACACGAGUUCUGCUUUGACUGCCCUGAUGGUCCCCCAGGAGCUCCUGGAAACCCGGGCCCUAAGGGACCACCUGGACCACCUGGAGCACCCGGAGCCGAUGCUGAUGGAGGUAGCCGUGGACCACCUGGACCUCCUGGACCACCUGGCCCUCCAGGACCUGAUGGAGCUCCUGGAAAUGCUGGUGCACCUGGUGCACCCGGAAAACUCAACGAAGUGCCAGGACCCGACGGACCCCCUGGACCACCUGGACCCCAAGGACCUCCUGGACCUGAUGGACAGCCUGGAGCUAAUGGCAACCCCGGACAAGAUGGCGCACCUGGACAACCUGGAGAUGAUGGUGCUCCCGGAGCACCUGGACAACCGGGACCAGCUGGUCCUGCUGGACCUGAUGGCGAUCGUGGACCAAGCGGCGGCUGCGACCACUGUCCUCCACCUCGCACAGCUCCUGGUUAUUAG